CCACGCUUCCCUUUCCGGUGCCAGGAGGAGCCGUGUUGCUGCUGCCUUGGUCCGUCAGGCCUCCGGCCGGUUCUCCAUUGCUCGUUCUCUUAAUUCAUCGUCGCCACUGUGCCGCGCCUAGGGCUCGUAUCCUGCCGGGAAAAUGUCAGAUGAAUUUUCGUUGGCAGAUGCGCUACCUGAACCGUCCUCUGCCAAACCGUCUGCUGUGAGCAAUGCAAAAGCUGGCCAGUCUGCUCCAGGCUGGCCAGGCUCCAACCCUUGGAGUAACCCAAGUGCUCCACCUGCUAUGCCAUCUGGACUCCCACCAAGCGGUGCAGCUCCCGUCACUGUGCCUUUCGGACCAGCACCAACAGGAAUGUAUCCCUCUAUGCCUCCAACUGGACCUCCACCAGGACCCCCAGCACCCUUUCCUCCUUCUGGACCAUCAUGUCCGCCACCUAGUGGUCCUUAUCCAGCCCCUACUGUGCCAGUCCCUGGCCCCACAGGGCCAUAUGCUACGCCAAAUAUGCCCCUUCCGGAGCUACCUAGGCCAUAUGGUGCACCCACAGAUCCAGCUGGUACUUUAGGUCCAUGGGGAUCCAUGUCUUCUGGACCUUGGGCACCAGGAAUUGGGGGUCAGCAUCCUAAUAUGCCGUAUCGAUCUCCAGGGCCAUAUCCCACUGUUCCUCCCCCAGUGUCAGGAGCACCACCUGUUCCGUGGGGCACUGUGCCACCAGGAGCCUGGGGACCACCAGCACCAUAUCCUGGCCCUGCAGGAUCAUAUCCCACACCAGGACCCCAUCCUACUCCGAAUAACCCUUACCAAGUGCCUUCAGGACCUUCUGGUGCUCCACCAAUGCCUGGUGGCCCCCAUUACCAUUAAGUUGACAGUGGACGAAGAGAUGGCGCAUUUCUUUUUGAAGUACAUGUACAUGCACAUGAAGGCAUAUAUACAAAUGGCUGGUUUCGCUAUUGGUAAAGGACAUUCAUGAAAGAACAACUUUUGUACCUCAGAGAGUUCCUGCUUCAUGUGUUUGGAUAUGUAGACCAUCAUGUGGGUACAAUCAGAUAAAAUGUAAGAGCAAACCAAUGUGGUUAAUGUGGUUGUGUACAUUGCAUAGCUUUUGAUAAUAAUUGUUUAAAGUAUAGCUAUACCCUCAGAAUCUAAGACUACGUGGAUUAUUGUUAGAACCUGUAACUUACUUGGCAAAGUAAUUCAAGUAUUUUUUUAUAGUCACCCCCGUAUAACUGAAAACAAUUGUGAAAUUAAAACAUGACUCAACAUUUUGAGGUCCUCUACCUACACAAACCAGGGCCUCUUGUUAUAUUUUAGCUACACAAAUGUAUGGUGUGUGUGUUUACUAGGGUUAAUUCAACAUUAUACCCUGUUCUGCCAAAAUAAGAUAAUGUACCUAUAAGAUAAUGUUUGUUGCUUUGACAGAGCUCUAGCAAAAUUUCAGUGCCAAAUGCACUUCGAUAAAAAUUAGACUGCCCAUGCUCUGAGCCCAGCCUCAGGAAGAGAUAGAAAGAUGGAGAGAAUGAGGAAGGCCUCUGCUGCUGGGAGGUCACUAUUGCAAAUCUCGUAGUCCACCCAGCGGUCUUAAGCCAGCAGGGGGUGCUGGGAAAUUUCCUCUCUGGCCUACAGCAGGACCAACACAGGGAUGUCAUAUUCCUGCUUGACAAUCCAACUGGGAAUUCACAGUUACACAAGGUAGUUCGUUUCUAAUAUUGUUAAGUUAUAAGUUAAGUUACUGGCUGGACUAAAUAAGCAUUUAAUGACCUUUUUUUUUUUUUUAUGGGAAGAAUGCUCUAAAUUUGAAAUGACAUUCUCAUAAUGACUUGAACCACAACCUAUUUGAGUUAUGGCAGGAUUACACACAUGUAAUAUAUGUUUCUUGGCCUCAGUAUACCGGACAACUGAAGGAGAAAACUCUUUGGUUGGCAAAGCCGUGGUCCUCAAUAGACCAGGUGCGGGGUGUGCCAAGGAUGCCAUAGCAGUGACUCCUGACCCAAAAAUGUCACUGAUCUUCCUUCCUACCAGGUGGGUUCAGGCAUUGAUUCACAAAGAUACCUCCUGCAUUAAGCCUUAAAACUUUGUUAAGUACAUUUGGUGCCAACAUUUUUCUACAGCACUGGCAGAGCAAGAAACCUGUCUUUAGAGUAUAAUGUGAUUUUGAAAGGAACACUUAGUUAUUUUGGCAGAACUGGAUAUGAUGAUUGAAUUAAGCUUAGUAACCACAAAAAGAUUGCUGAUUCUUCUUCUGGGGCUUCUUGGGUCUGGAGCCCACCCUGCCAGUCUGAGCAUCUGGGCUGGAACAUACCGUCACUGCCCUGCCUGCUUAUGUGAUUUUAAGCCAAUGAUGAUAAGCCGCCAAGUUCAUCAGCCAGUGUUUUGUUGUUGGGGGUGGAGAUUGUUAGUAGAAUAUAAUGGCUCAUCCUGCAUGGUGUGCUGUGGAUGGCACUUCAUUUAAAACCUUGUUUUUGGCCUUUCAAUUGAUAAUUGGGAGUUAUUGGAUUUAUUGUUAAUUAUUUAAUGUAAGAGUGGAAAUCAAA